UCCGCUCCCUUCUUCCUGCUCCCCCGCCCGAGCGUUUUUCGCUGCGCCGCGCGUGACGCCAUCAGCGCCCGGCCGGAAGCGGAAGGAGUGUUUGGUUUCGUUCCCACCGGCGGCUGAGAUCCUUUUGCGGAAGUAGCUCCAGGCCUGGUCCUUUCCCCCCCCCCUCUUCGGAUCCCCCCGACCGCUCUAGGGCUGAGGGCGGCCGGCUUUCUUUCAGUCACGACUCUUUCCUCCGCGUGGCCGGGCGGCCGCCUCAGAGACGUCGCUCCCCAGCUUCCUGGUCCCGCUUCAGCCCCCGCCCAUCAUGGCGGCCACGUCUAACCUGCAGAAAGCUAUAGACAUUGCUAGCAAAGCAGCGCAAGAGGACAAAGCAGGCAACUUCGAGGAAGCCCUCCACUUGUAUCAGCAUGCUGUGCAGUAUUUCCUCCAUGUUGUCAAAUAUGAGGCACAGGGCGACAAAGCAAAACAAAGUAUCAGAGCAAAGUGUACUGAGUAUCUGGACAGAGCAGAAAAGCUGAAGGAGUAUUUGAAAAAGAAAGAAAAGGCGGCUCCAAAGCCAGUGAAAGAAUCUGGUCCAGCUGAUGAGAAGGGGAACGACAGUGAUGGGGAAGGAGAGUCAGAUGACCCUGAGAAAAAGAAGUUGCAGAACCAACUACAAGGCGCCAUCGUCAUGGAGCGGCCAAAUGUCAACUGGAGCGAUGUGGCUGGCUUAGAGGGAGCAAAGGAAGCGCUUAAAGAGGCAGUCAUAUUGCCUAUUAAAUUCCCACACCUUUUCACAGGGAAGAGAACCCCUUGGAGAGGGAUUCUUUUGUUUGGACCUCCGGGAACAGGAAAGUCAUACUUGGCAAAAGCUGUUGCAACAGAAGCUAACAAUUCUACUUUUUUCUCCGUGUCAUCUUCUGACCUCGUCUCAAAAUGGUUGGGGGAGAGUGAAAAGUUAGUGAAGAAUCUGUUUCAACUUGCCCGAGAAAACAAGCCUUCCAUUAUCUUCAUUGAUGAAAUUGAUUCUUUGUGUGGUUCCAGAAGUGAAAAUGAAAGUGAGGCCGCUAGACGGAUUAAAACAGAGUUUCUAGUUCAGAUGCAAGGAGUUGGAGUAGACAAUGAUGGAAUUUUAGUUCUGGGAGCUACAAAUAUACCUUGGGUUCUAGAUUCUGCCAUCAGAAGAAGGUUUGAGAAACGCAUUUACAUUCCUUUGCCUGAGGACCAUGCCAGAACAGCCAUGUUUAAGCUUCAUCUGGGGUCCACAGCCAACAGUUUGAACGAAUCAGAUUAUCGAGAGCUCGGAAAACGAACGGAUGGCUAUUCGGGUGCCGAUAUAAGCGUAAUCGUACGAGAUGCCCUGAUGCAGCCUGUUAGGAAAGUUCAGUCAGCCACACACUUUAAAAAAGUGAAAGGCCCGUCGUUGUCCGAUCCGAACGUGUUAGCAGAUCUGUUGACGCCAUGUUCUCCAGGAGAUCCCGGUGCCAUUGAAAUGACGUGGAUGACAGUACCAGGGGAUAAACUACUGGAGCCUGUUGUUUCCAUGGCUGAUAUGCUGAGAUCCUUAGCCAGCACCAAACCCACUGUGAAUGAACACGACCUGGAAAAGCUAAAGAAGUUCACAGAAGACUUUGGACAGGAAGGUUAAUCCAAGGACCGAUUUGACUGUAAAGUUUCUUUCUUUGGAUUUCUUGCCUCUCUGUUGCCAAUAAAUGAAAUCACUUCUUUUCUUUCUACAUGGAAACGAGGAGCUGUUUGCAAGGACCCUUGAGCUUUUUGUAUCUCACUUUCCAGAAAUAUCACUUAAAUAUUGUCUUCUGAAAGCAUGAUACUAGGAUCUUAUGGCAAAGAAGGUAAACAUGUUAUAAAUAUAUUUAAAAAAUUGGCAGCCCUUCCUGGUUUAAUUUGAGUUUUUAUUACAUCAGGUUUUAGGUAGUGUACUAGCCCUAGUUAUAAUAAAUAUUUAUAAACUUCUUCAGGUGUAAAAGAAUGUGACUUGGAAAGGCGGCAUAAGAUCUGUUUGAUUGCCAAAUGUUUUCAGUUUACAUCCGUUUGCCUGGAAAAUAAUUGAUUUUUAAUCAUGCAGCAGAAUUUGGUGACAGUGUAUACUUGUAGUUAAAGAGGAUAAUUUACAAUAAAGUUCAGGAAAUGAGUGGGGAGGGGAUUGGGAGAGAGAGAAACUUAAUAAUGGCCAGUUCUUGUAUCAACACAUUGAUCUGGAGCUUCAGUUUCCCCCCCCCCCUUACUAUGGUGUGGUUGGAGAUUGCCUUAAGCAGCUGCAAGCAUUAUUUUUAAUAACUCAUGAAGAGACACCCGUCACUGUGCAGUCUACCAAUGAAGAUACUUGAUAUGAAAAUACUACAAAGUUCUUCCUCUGUCUGUCUGGUUUUCACCUAGCUUCGCUCUCUGUAGGAGUUUAAGCCAAACAUAAGAACAUACGGGAAGGUUGUAGCCUGGCACUGGUUAGAAGGGAAAGUAAUCCUACAUUUCCUUUCAAAGGAACUUUGGGACCAAAUACAGAAGGGCCUCAUCAGUACCUCUGAUUUACCAAGGGAAGUUGCUCUUACUCAAGGUUGCUUUAUAAAUACCUGAUCUUGCUGUUUUGGAAGUGGGUUAUUUGUCUAAACACACUGUAAUAGUAGUGCAGACUGUUUUCCAGAGGCCUUUGCAAAAGAGUUACGCAUCUUAGGAAAGUGUCUGAAUGUAACUUACGAUGCUGCAGUGUUGGCACUUGGGUUCGUGCCUUGCAAGUUUGACCUGGUUGUAGACAAGAAGCCACUGUAGUAUCAGUAAUGCAGCGCAUUGCAUUAUUGCUUGUAACCACAUCCUGCAGAUGCUUUGUGCAUUACAAAUUUUCCAUGUUUAAUAAGAACUGUAUGGCCACGUUCUCAUAGGCUUUGGUUUCCUUUUUUAUGUACAUAUUUUGUGUACUCUCUAAAGUAGGACAGGUGAAAUUUUGUUUUGGAAUGAAGUAAAAAGUUACAACACAACACAAACUUUUGUUUCUAGAGGUUUUGUUUCUUACUGUCAUUUGAGACAUGUAGAACAUUCUGCUCCAAAUGAUGCAUUGUUAUGGGCUUGGAUCCUGCCUAGAAUUUUCACGAGUGCAAGGCGGGGCAUUCUUGCUGAUUCCCCCCUCCCGUGGGUUCUCUGAUUCCCCCUCCCCCAGCUGUUCCUGAGUAUUCCCCAAGGAUCACCAUUGGGGGAGGGUGGGAUUUUAAGCUGCUGCAGAGAGAAUGAAUUGGACGAAAUUGCCUGCCUCCUCACCCCAUAGGUAUUCUAGGCAGGAUGCAGGCCAUGGUGUUUUGGUGAAAGAAUUUUUGAACAUAUCCUUGAAGUGCACUUUACUUACAGUUCUUCACUGUACUUUGUCAUUUUCAUAGUAUUUCAGUAUUUAUACUAUUGAAACACUUUUCAGAACAGUCUUCUGUCUGUCCUGUUAAUGCAUUGUGUGUGCCUAGCACUCAUCCCACCUAAUUCCAUGCAGCUGUUUCUAGUGCCUGCUGUUUUCAAAAUGUACAUGCUUGGAAGAGCUAAGGACUGAUACUUGAUUGCCAACACUAGUUGAGUUUCCUCUUUUAUUAUUGGUGGCAUUUGACACUUGGAUCAUGUAGGCGGUAGGUCACAAUCCGAGCUCUUCUGUAAUGGCUUAAAUUCCAAAAGAAAAUAAAUUUGGUGUUUAUAAUUCCAUUGGCUUGAAUAACUGCUUGUGAAGAUUUUGUAUUAAAUUACCAGUUUGUGCAGCAUUGUAGUCCGGGGUAUAUUGUGUGAGCUAUAUCCUAAAAAAAAAUUCCCCGCCAUUCAAACGAAAGUGCUCU